UCCUUCAUGGGCUGUGUGUAAGCCGAAUCCCCUUAAUCUUCCUGUCCCGCUUUACCAGAAGUGUGCUUACCCCUCUUGGCGUCUCAUAACCGAGGCCUAGGGACUUCUGACUCCUCCCCAGACCCUUCGCUUAUUUAUUCCUCCAUCGGUAUUUACGGGGCGUCUGUUUUGUGCCAAGUCAUCCAGAUGAUGAGCCAACGUUGGAGGAUAGUCUUCUUUUCUGGCCUCGGAGAGCUUACCCGGCCUUGGAUAAACGACAGUGUAUAGGGUGGUAGAAGCGAAAAGUGCUGCAGACAAGAAGUAAAAGCAGAAGGGGAUAAAAAGAGAAAAGAAUAGGGAUCCUAGCUGGGAGCGCCUGCGGCAGUGUUCAAUAGAGUGGAUAAAACUGUUAAGGAGGUGUUAAUUUAGCAAAACCUGAGGGAGUAAACUGCAGCGGUAGGGGAAGAAUGGCAGCAGGAACAGAAAAGGUCCUGCGGUGAGAGUACUCACUCAGAGGUGAGCACGGCUGUGGCAGAAAUGAAGGGGAAAUUAGCAGGAGGUGUAUCUGGAGAUAUGAUGAUGGCAGGGUCUUGUAGACUUUACUUGCCUUUCAGUACAGCUGGAAGUUAUCUCAGGGUUUUGAGUAGUGAUGUAAUGUCAUGUAACUGUAACAGAAUAGGUCCCUUAGGUUGCUGUGCUAAGAGCAGCUGUAAGGGGCAGGGAUGGACAAGGAAACUGAGAGAUGUUGCUGGCUGGAGAGGAGUCAUGAGAAUUUUGAAAGUAUUGAUGGUGAGAUCUCAUGACAGGUUGCAUGCUCAAUGUGAGAGUCAGAGAGGGUUUACUUUUCACCUAAGUACCUGGAAAGGGGGAGUUUUCAACUGAGAUGUUGUUCAGUCACUAAUUCACAUCUGAUUCUUCUGCCACCUUGUGGACGGUAGCCCACCAGACUCCUCGGUCCAUGAGAUUUGCCAGGCAAGAAUACUGGAGUGGGUUCUCCAAGAGCAGGGUGUGGGCAGAGCAAGUUUGGAGGAAAUCCAAGUUCAGCGUCAUACGUGUUGGGAUUGAAACAAGUGCAUUGAAACAUGUGGAGAGACUGUUGAGUGUACGGGUUUGGGUUUUGGAGGGAGAGAGAUCUAUUGAAAACCUAGUCUGUGGAAAUCCCCCUGCCUUGGUUGUUGGCAGCUGCUAUGGAGGGAGCAGACUUAACCUUGUAGAUUCUCUGAGGAGGACAGGAAGCCUCAUUCCACCAACCACCCCCCAACUCAUUUCCCCUCGGCCUUGGCUGUGGCUGCCAAUCAGACUUGAAGACCCCCACCUUCUCAGUUGGCGUAAAGGUGGUGCAUCUGAGCACAAGAACCAGCUCUCUCGGCUGAAGGACAAAGACCCUGAGUUCUACAAGUUCCUGCAGGAGAAUGACCAGAGCCUGCUGAACUUUAGCGAUUCAGACAGCUCUGAGGAUGAAGAGGAGCAGCUCCACUCCCUGCCAAACAUGCUGGAAGAAGCAAGUGAAGAGGAGGAGGAGGACGACGGGGUCCCCAGAGGACUUGAGGGGAAGAGGAGGGAUUCUAUCCCUGUGACCCUCACUAUGGUUGAGAAAUGGAAGCAGGCAGCAAAGCAGCACCUUACACCAAAGCUGUUCCGUGAAGUUGUGCAGGCGUUCCGAGCGGCUGUGGCCACCACCCAAGGAGACGAGGAAGGCGCUGAGACCAGUAAAUUCCAGGUCACGGACAGUGCUGUGUUCAAUGCUCUGGUCACCUUCUGCAUCAGAGAUCUUUUUGGCUGUCUCCAGAAGCUGUUGUUCGGAAAAGCCCCAAAAGACAGCAGCAGGGUGCUGCAGCCGUCCAGUAGCCCGCUGUGGCCCAAGCUUCGGCUGGAUGUCAAGGCUUACCUGAGCGCCGUCAUCCAGCUGGUGGCCUGUGUGGCAGAGGCGACAGUGGCAGCAGCUGUCCUCCAGCACGUGGGCAGCUCUGUGCCCUACUACCUGACCUUUCCCAAGCAGUGCCGCAUGCUGCUGAAGAGGAUGGUGGUCCUGUGGAGCACUGGUGAGGAGACACUGCGGGUGCUGGCCUUCGUGGUCCUCAUCAAGGUCUGCCGGCACAAGAAGGAUGUCUUCCUGAGCCCCGUCCUCAAGCAAAUGUAUAUCACAUACGUGAGGAACUGCAAGUUCACCUCUCCCAGCACCCUGCCCCUCAUCAACUUCAUGCAGCGGACCCUGACGGAGCUGCUGGCUCUGGACACCGGUGUGGCCUACCAGCACGCCUUCCUCUACAUCCGCCAGCUCGCCAUCCACUUGCGCAACGCCAUGACAACACGCAGGAAGGAGACAUACCAGUCAGUGUACAACUGGCAGUUCGUGCACUGCCUCUACCUGUGGUGCCGUGCCCUCAGCACCAUCUGCCCCAGUGAGGCUCUGCAGCCCCUGAUCUACCCGCUCUCCCAGGUCAUCGUCGGCUGCAUCAAGUUGGUCCCCACGGCCCGCUUUUACCCGCUGCGCAUGCACUGCGUGCGCGCCCUGACACUGCUCUCGGAGAGCACAGGCACCUUCAUCCCAGUGCUGCCCUUCAUCCUCGAGAUUUUCCAGCAGGUUGACUUCAACAGGAGGCCAGGGCGCAUAAGCUCCAGGCCCAUCAACUUCGCUGUGAUCCUGAAGCUGUCCAAGGUCAACCUGCAGGAGAAGGCAUAUCGGGAUGGCCUGGUGGAGCAGCUGUAUGACCUCACCCUGGAGUACCUGCACAGUCAGGCCCACAGCAUCGCAUUCCCUGAGCUGGUACUGCCCGCUGUCCUGCAGCUGAAAUCCUUCCUCCGGGAGUGCAAGGUGGCCAACUACUGCCGUCAGGUGCGCCAGCUGCUCGAGAAGGUGCAGGAGAACGCAGAGCACGUCCGCAGUGCCCGCCAGAGAGUCUCCUUCGGCGUGUCUGAUCAGCGUGCAGUGGAUGCCUGGGAGAAGCGAACCCGAGAGGAGGGGACCCCGCUUACCAAGUACUACAGCCAGUGGCGAAAGCUGAGGGACCGCGAGAUUCAGCUGGAGAUUAGUGGCAAAGAACGACUGGAAGACUUGAACUUCCCAGAGGUAAAGCGCCGUAAGGUGGGGGACAGGAAGGAUGAGGACAGGGCAGAAUUCAAGGACCUCUUCGAUCUGGAUAGUGAUGAUGAGGAUGAUGCUCCGGACUUCACAAAGAGAGGGAUGCCUGGGUCCCCAGGAGCUUGGCAGAAAGUGGAGGAGGAGGAUGAUGACAGCAGCAGUAGCAACGGGGAGGAGGAAGUCAGCAAUUCAGAGGAUGGAAGCCCAGACACAGAGGCGGGGCUGGACCCCCAGGAGCUGUGGCAGCUGGCCCAGGGGCCAGAGGACGAGCUGCAGGAUCUACAACUCUCUGAGGAGGACUGAGGACUGCCCACCUAGAGUCUUGCGGGAGCUGCUGUGCAGUGUUCCCGCCUCUCCAGGCAGUCAAACAUGCUGCUUCUCCACUGGGGCUGAGCCCAGAGGCCCUGAGGUUAGCGCCCCUGCAGGGUGAAAGGGCAGUAGAUGGUGGAGAGGCCUUUAUUUUUACAACAUAAAAGACCAGAAAGUA